AUGCCCUCACCUGAUCACACCGAGCCGGCCUCGAAUUGGGACUUCACCGCAGUGCUUGACCUCCUCCGGUCACCCACUUACGGUGAUGCCUCUACUGCCGCGCGCUACCCUGACCCCAUAGAUCACCCGCCCUCUGGGGGCCAGUCAAGGGAAAAUGUGUCCAAGGUUGGGGAUGGUGACUGCAGGGCAGCUACAGAGGUAAAGCCUAAGCGAAGUCACACCCAACUUGGAGACUUUGGGUCUCUUUGGGAUCUCCUCAUCUCAGAUCGGGCUCCUAAGAACACACCUCUUGGCGACCCCACACCUGGCCCAUCGCUCAAUACCCCUUCAACGAUUCUCAAGCGGACUUCCCGCGGUGGUACAACUACCACCGAAUCAUACCACACCACUUCUAAGCAUGCACCUUCAUUGACUUCCUCGAAACCUCUUGUUUCCAGUGAUACCGUUUUGGGCUGUUCUUCACGUUCAUAUAAUGAAACUCAUAAUCAACCUCCUAUGACCAUUUUCAAACGAGCCACGGACCAUGUGGAGACCCCUUUACCACCUCGAACGCCCUCAAAGCCGAUUCCUGGCGCUAGCAAUACAAAGACUCCGAGAGCUAAAGUUAAAGCCAAGGCCAAGUCUACCGGGAAAGACGCCAAUUUUACAUCUGAAUGGGUUUCCGAAAGCAGCGCAGAGGCGGAAUCGGACUCUAGCACUAUCAUCUUCGAUUCUCCUAUUAUCAAGAAGUCUGGAACCCUGUCGUUUGUUCCGAUACAAGUGGGCACCACAGACGCACGGACUGGCCAGGAUGACACCCCGCCAUCGUCGUACGAUGACCCGAACUUGUUUUCGGACGCGGACAUUACCCGGAAUAUCAUUACUACCCCCUUAGGAAUCCGGGUCCUUCCUGCUGUGUACAAGACCGCAACGGACAGACGAGCUGGUUUGAUAAACAAGCUCAUCCAUCGAUUUCCCGAUUACGCUCGACACGUGUCGCAGGCAGGAAGUUCGUCUUCUUCAAAGAAGAAUCUUGAAGAACGCCCUGUCCAUGUCUUUGUCGAUAUGUCCAAUAUCAUGGUUGGAUUCCACGACUCGGUAAAAGUCUCGCGGAACAUUCCCAUCACAACCAGAAUUCGUCGCCUCCACAUGUCUUUUGCCAAUUUCUCUUUGAUCAUGGAACGGGAUCGCCCUGCCACCAAGAGAGUUUUAGUAGGUUCAGACCGACUGCCAUCGAUCGACGAAGCCGAGAAGUUAGGCUACGAAGCCAAUAUUUUAGACCGUGUUCACAAGAACAAACAUACGACUCCACGCGCGUCCAAAUUCCGAAAGGGGCCCCAGAUUGCCAGUGGACCUGAGACGGUCAGCAAUCCUGGAAACCGAUGGGUCGAGCAGGGCGUGGACGAAAUUCUGCACCUGAAGAUCCUGGAGUCCCUCUUGGACACGGAUGAACCGGCGACGAUCGUGUUGGCGACUGGAGAUGCGGCGGAAGCCGAGUACUCUGGUGGCUUCAUGCGCAUGGUGGAGCGUGCGCUUCAGCGUGGCUGGACCGUGGAGCUGGUUAGCUUCUCUCAGGUGACGAGCUAUGCGUAUCGUAGGAAGGAGUUUAGAGAAAAAUGGGGGGAUCGCUUCCGGUGGAUUGAGUUGGAUGACUACGUGGAGGAACUUUUUGAUUAA